AGUGACAAAAACUUUUCGCGCCGUCGUAUCGCGCGGUGUAUGCGCGCAUAUAUCGCUGUUAUCGUGGCCCAUUUUACUGGCGGAGGUCGCGCGAUGGCACACGCCCAUUCCACGUUUAUGCAAUCGUAAACAUCGUCGAGGAACAACGUCAGCGCGUUAUAUGGGCACACGCGAACGGUGCCGGACACCGCUUUCUCAGCUAGCUUCGCGCAACGCGUGUCUCUUUUUCGCUCGCCUGUUUCGCACGUCGCGGACGAUUGUAUUUUAUAUCGCUGGCUGACAGUGUCGCUCAGCUGUCUCGAGUUGCCACCGUUUCUCCCUGAUCUCGCGCGGGAAGCGAUUCGGCGUGGGCGCUCGGCAGUGCAGUAAAAAGUAACAGGUCAAUCAAUGGUUAACCAAAUACCUGUGCCGCAGGCCAAGUAUGAAUUGCUAACCAACAUACGACAACCGCGCUGGAGAACGCAGGUCGUCUGCCUCACCUUAUCAUUCCUGAUCGUCGGGGUGCUGUUCAUCACGCGCGCCUGGUUCGGCAUACUUCUGCUGAAGGCACCGCGGGCCGACAGGUUCGUCGAGGAGCACAUUGACGAUGCCAAGAUUGCUGCGUGGCUACGUCGGGCUCGGAUGUACGCCGAGUCGACGAAGGAGAAUCAGAAUGCGGACAGGAACACAAGUGUCGGCGCAUCGGAGCAGUACCACCGCGAUACAGCCAGUCAGGUCCUCGUAUGCUACUAUACAAUACCGGGGGACCUGAACACGUCGUGGGAGCUCAGUCCGUCGCACAUUGACCCUCAUAUUUGUACGCAUAUUAUCGUGGGUUUUGCGGGCGUGGUAAACAAUACGCUCGACAUAGGUGACACUGCGUGGGUGUACGAGCGAGUAGUUGCCUUGAAGAAUCUUGAACCAAACUUGAAGGUCAUGAUCAGCGCUGGCGGAAACAAUGAGCUCCACAAUGGUUUCUCCGAGAUGGUAAAGAAUCACGCAAAUAGAAAAAGGUUUAUCCAAUCGGUAUUAAAUGUAACCAAGACCUUCCGUUUGGACGGCUUUGACGUUGACUGGGAGUUUCCAGCCUGGUUAGGAGCGGAUGAUCGUGAAAGGAUACAUUUUGUGCAGCUGUUACAGGAAUUACGAAAGGAGUUUGAUCACAGUGGACAAAAAUUGAUUUUGACUGUAGCGGUUGCAGCACCGCAGGCUAUUGUGGAUCAGAGUUACAGCAUUCCUGAAAUGGCAGAGCACGUCGACUUUAUAAAUCUCAUGUCGUACGAUUAUCACUUCUACGUUUGGUAUUUCCCAGUGACAGAUCUGAACGCCCCGCUUUUUCCUCGUUGCACAGAGACCGGCUAUUUAUCCACAUUGAAUGUGAAUUUCUCUGCUCAGUACUGGGUGGCGAAGGGAAUGCCGCGGGAAAAGAUUGUUGUCGGCAUACCGGCUUAUGGUCACUCUUACAAAUUAGACAAUCCAUCGAAUAAUGAUUUACAAGCACCAGCCAGCGGAUUCGGGAAGCUUGGCGUGAAAGGUUUCGUGUCUUAUCCUACUGUUUGUCAAUUUCUUAAAUCCGGAGCUACAAGCGUCUUUAAUAAAGAGAGCCGUGUACCAUAUACGUAUAAAGGCAAGGAAUGGAUAUCUUAUGACAAUGAACAGAGCAUCUAUUACAAGAGUACGUGGAUUCGUACCAAUGGUUUCAAGGGAGCCAUGAUUCUAUCUUUAAACGUUGACGAUUGGAACGGCACUUGCCACGGUACAAACGAAACGUUUCCUUUGACACGUACCGUCUCGAAAGUAUUAUUUAAGGAGUCUGAUUAGUAACAAGACUAUGUCAAUAGGAAUACUUUAAAUAUGCGCAGUCAUUGAAUGAUCCAGCUAUUCCGGAAGCUUAAGGCUUACAUUGAAGUGAUCCAUUCCAUCGCAUUCCUAUUUAAUGUAUUACUUUGACUCUACCUCAGUUGCUCAAACAUUCUUUUGUACAAAUAAGUUGUUGAAGUUACCUUUAGCACAUAGUAUUAUAUGCUAGCUAAUAGAGCAUAGCACUUGUACCUGGUUGAGUCAAAUCAAAAGUAUUUAUACGCGAAAGUAUUUAUGCGCGUUGAACUGUAUAUUAUGUAAAGAUACAUACGGUGUUUCCUAUAUUGUUAUCUUUUCCGUGUGCUUCACAAGCAAAUAGUAUUGGAAAUAAUUCCAAAGUAUUCUAUAUUAAAUAAUUUCGAGACAAGA